CAACAUGGGGAAAGGUUUCUUCAUCAGUAAUACUGUUGGGAUAGUUGGUCUCGUCCUGUCAGUAGCUGCCCUGUCCACUAUCAUAGCUCUGUCUGUUGUUUAUUCACAGGAAAAGGCUAAAAAUAAUAAUAUCUCACCAACGGAUGGAGGAACAACAUCCAGACCUCCAGACAUCACUACAACACCUACACCAUCCAAUGAACCUUGGGACAAAUAUCGGCUGCCCAAGAGCCUGGUGCCGGACCACUAUAAUGUCACCCUGUGGCCGAGACUGGCUCCAAAUCUGACAACUGGACUCUACAUCUUUACUGGUGAGUCCAGUGUGGAGUUUGAAUGUGCUGAGGAGACUGACCUGAUUCUCAUCCACUCCAAUAAGCUGAACUACACCAAAGAUAAUAACGGCCACUUAGCGACGCUGACCUCAAUGAGUGGAGACCCAGCCCCCACAAUUAAGAAUUCCUGGCCUAAACCUGAGACUCAGUACCUGGUUGUGGAACUGAACGGUAAAAUGAUAAAGGGCCAUAGGUACAGACUUUUUACUAAGUUUACUGGAGAGCUGGCUGAUGACCUGGGAGGCUUCUACAGGAGCGUGUACAUGGAGAACGGAGAGAAAAAGGUUGUUGCUACAACUCAGAUGCAGCCGACAGAUGCCAGGAAAGCUUUCCCCUGUUUUGACGAGCCAGCUAUGAAAGCAGUUUUCCACAUUACACUGAUCCAUGAUCAAGGAACUGUAGCCCUGUCCAACGGUGAAGAAAAAGAAUCAAAAAUCAUCAAUAUUGAGGGCCAUGAACUGCAACAGACAGUUUUUAAGCCAACUGAGAAAAUGUCCACUUACCUGUUGGCGUUCAUUGUCAGUGACUAUGACUUUGUCAAUAACACCAUAGGUGGAGUUUUGAUUCGUAUCUUUGCCCGGAAGUCUGCUAUUGCUGCUGGUCAAGGACAGUAUGCCCUUAACAAAACUGGACCUAUCCUGAAGUUCUUUGAGAAUUAUUACAACUCCAGCUAUCCUCUGCCUAAGUCUGAUCAGAUAGCUUUACCAGACUUUAAUGCUGGAGCCAUGGAGAACUGGGGUCUGAUCACAUACAGAGAGACAGCACUGCUCUACGAUGAAUCAUUCUCCUCCAACUCCAACAAGCAGAGGAUUGCUACCAUCAUCGCUCAUGAGCUGGCUCACAUGUGGUUUGGUAAUCUGGUGACCCUGCGGUGGUGGAAUGACUUGUGGCUGAAUGAAGGCUUUGCAUCCUAUGUUGAGUACCUGGGAGCACACGAUGCUGAACCUGACUGGAAUGUGAAAGACCUCAUCGUGCUCAGUGACGUCCACAGGGUGUUUGCUGUCGAUGCUCUGGCGUCCUCUCACCCUCUGUCCUCUAAAGAAGAGGAUAUCCAAAAACCAGCACAGAUCAGUGAGCUGUUUGAUGCCAUUUCAUACAGCAAGGGAGCAUCUGUUCUAAGGAUGUUGUCGGAUUUCUUAACUGAAGAAGUCUUCACAAAGGGACUCCAGACCUACCUGGCUGAAUUUGCAUUUGGGAAUGCAAACUACACAGACCUAUGGAAGCAUCUGCAAAUGGCUGUUGAUGCUAAUAAAACUGAACUUCCUGACAGUGUUCAAAAUAUCAUGAACACCUGGGUGCUGCAGAUGGGCUUUCCUGUGGUAACCAUAGAUACCACCACCGGUGCUGUAUCUCAGAAGCACUUUCUCUUGGAUCCAGACUCUAAUGUCACCACAGAGUCUCCCUAUAACUAUGAGUGGAUUGUUCCAAUUAAGUGGGUGAAGACUGGAGUCGUCCAGACACAACAAUGGCUGAAGACUCAAUCAGCCACAAUCAUUGAAAUGAAGACAACAGGGAAUGACUGGGUGGUAGCCAAUCUUGACGUAGUGGGUUACUACAGAGUCAACUAUGACCAGGACAACUGGGACAGACUCCUAAAUUGUCUGAGCACAGAUCAUAAGCUUAUUCAGGUGAUCAACAGAGCUCAGUUGGUGGAUGAUGCCUUCAACCUGGCCAGGGCGAAGAUCAUACUCACAGUGCAGGCCCUCAACACUACUAAGUACCUGAUCAACGAGACAGAGUAUAUGCCCUGGGAGUCAGCCGUGAACAACCUGGACUUCUUCUACCUCAUGUUUGACCGCAGUGAAGUUUAUGGUCCCAUGCAGGAUUAUCUGAGGAGCCGGGUCCUCCCUCUGUUUAAUUACUACAAAGAAAUAACUAGCAGCUGGAAAACUGUACCUGAUGGGCACAUGGACCAGUAUAAUCAGGUGAAUGCAAUCAGCCUGGCUUGCAGGACAGGCUACAUGGAAUGUCAGGGCCUGGCCACGAGCUGGUUCAAAGAGUGGAUGGACACUGAGGUCAACCCGAUCCACCCCAACCUGCGUUCCACUGUGUAUUGUAACGCCAUUGCAGCAGGUGGUGCUGAAGAGUGGGAUUUUGCCUGGGCAAAGUUUAACAAUUCUAAUGCUAUUGAAGCUGACAAACUCCGCUAUGCUCUGUCCUGCACGAAGCAACCCUGGCUGCUCAACAGGUACCUGGAGUACACUUUGGAUCCAGACAUGAUCCGAAAGCAGGAUGCCACUUCCACCAUAGUCUACAUUGCCAACAACGUGAUUGGUCAGUCUCUGGCGUGGGACUUUGUCAGGGCUCGAUGGUCAUAUAUUUUCACAGAGUAUGGUGGUGGAUCAUUCUCCUUCUCCAACCUCAUCAACGGAGUCACCGAGCGCUUUUCCACUGAAUAUGAGCUUCAGCAGCUGAAACAGUUCAAGGCAGAUAAUAGUGACGUUGGUUUUGGCUCUGGGACACUGGCAGUGGAUCAGUCCAUAGAGAGAACCCUCGCCAACAUGAAAUGGAUCGCAGAGAACAAGCAGAAUGUUCUGAAAUGGUUUAAGGACGCAACACCCAAAUGAUCUCUGUAUUUACUUCAUGUAAUUUAAAAAUGGUAUUUCUUUCAUCAAAAUAAUUCCUGCUUUGGAAAAGACGAUAGAUUUCACACAGCUUGAAUUGAAAGCGAAUGUACACAAGCUCUGUUUCACAGAGGCAGUUUGUCAUCUUUCAAAAAAAUGUUAUUGUUGUACCUCAGUGUGGUUAAAAUGUAGCUGGGAAAAUGAAAAAAAAAAAACAUUAUUACAACAUAUUUAGAUUCUUUAAAUUAGACAGAGGGCCAGGAAAGAUUUUUUUUUUACAAAAUUAUAAUUUCACAUUAAUAUAGAAAAUAUUUACUCUUUUGUGCAUGCUACAAAGCCUUCUUUUAGGUGUAACAAUUCGGUUAGAUAAAAAUGUAGUGAUGUUGCAAUCACAAAAUCAUGAAGUUAUGAUCAUAAUAUGAUUCUGUAUUCUUGAUUUGAUUCUGUAUACAGUAUCCUGUAUACUGCAUGUGUCAAUCUGGGUAAAAACAUAAGACAUAAUUAAACAUGUGUCUUUGGCCUCUUGUUUAUCAGCUAAGAAAAUGAAAAUGAACUGCAUUUUUGUACUGUACAUUUCUCUGAAUUUCAUAUUGAAGCUCUGAAGUGCUAAAGCUUUUUGUACGAAAAACUUUUUUUUCCCAACACAAAUUCAUUUAUGAUAAACUGAAUUGUUAUAGAAGAAUUCAUUUAUUUAUUUUUCAGAUUCUAAAAAAGCUUUAUUCUUUCUGGUUUGACAGCUGUGUGCUAUGAACAUCACAUGUCAGCCAGUGUUGUUCUCUUUUCUUACUUAUGUAUAUACCUGCACAUGUUUGAGGUGUUCGUAUGUUUAGAUCCAUCUAGAAAAUAUAGCUCUGGCCAUAAACAGUACUUCCAAACAUAUGCUUUAAUGCACAGCAUAAGCUCUUUUUGUAAACUGAACACAGUGUCAGUAUGAAAUGCUUUCAUUUUUCUAUGUCAACAGGUUAAUGAUGUGGAUAUGGAAUUUCAAAAAUGUAUCACUUUACACAAAGCAUUUACACCAUUGGAUACUUUUAGAUAUUGUAAGGCAAUAAUUGCACUGUAUUCUGGAAACUAGAAUAAACACAACUGUCUGUUGUCCUCUAACUUU